UCGUUCCAACACAUUUUUAUAUGAUGAUUAGUGUCAGCAGAUGUCGCGCAAGUGCUCCUAAAUUCUUUAAACCUCGUUGACUUAAGCCAAGUCAUGUGAUGUUUAAUAAGCCGUUUCACGUGCUUCCUUGUCGCAUAUAGUAGCUUCUACUAAUACUACUACAAGACUAAUACGAGAACAGGGACCUGAGAUGACUGAACUUAUCAGUGAGGCAGAGGAUGCUCUUAUCUUAGGUUUAGCCGACUUGAAUACUAUGGGUAGAAUCCUACUCGAAAAUGGCAAGCAAGAAGCAGCAGGUUCCAUUAAAGAUUUUGUCCCAAAUAAAAUAACAACUUUAUUUGGACUAAUGACUUGUGGUGCCAACUUCUAUAAGAGUAUCAGUGUGACAAAGCACAGCGAAGCAGAAGACCUGUGGAAGAAGUCUUAUCACCAUGCUAUGGUGAGGGAGCAAGUGGACGAGCUCCUGCAGUUGGAGGAGGAAUGGGAUGCCUUUCUGGACAGCAUAGACACUGAGCUGAAGACCACCGACAAGCAGCUUACGGGACGGCCAACUUCACAGAAUCUGAGCGCUGAUACAUUCCUCACAGAUGCCAGGAGUGGAGAGAAUGUGGCUCUGGGUAAGUACUUUGGGAAAGGAGAGAAUCUGCUGCUGGUCCUAAUCCGACACUUUGGAUGACUACCAUGACGAGAGCACGUGGCUGAGCUGGAGACCCAACAGGGACUCCUAGAUGCUCAUUCCGUUCGGGUACUGGUGGUCUCCUUUGGCUGUCGGGAAGGUGGUCAGCUUUGGCUAGAACAGACAGGCUGCAAGUACAACAUGCUGCUUGACCCAGAGAGAAAUGUUUACAAGGCUUUUGGUCUAGGAUCUUCUUAUACCAAGGUGAUGAGUUUCCGGUCCUUACUGAAGUAUGCUGAGUAUAUUGUGUUAGGUCAAGAGUUUCCUGACAUUCCACCACGCUUCCUGGAAGAUCUCUAUCAGUUGGGUGGUGACUUUGUGCUGGAUGAAGAGGGGAAAGUGAUCUUCUCCCAUCCCUGCAGAAACCCAUUGGAUAGGCCUAAAGUUGAACACAUAGUGGCUACCAUCUUGUCCAGGGGCCAUCCUAGUACCUUAUAAUACAGUAAUGGUUUACUCCACAUCUGAGUGGAUGUGACUCUGACCCCUCAGAGGAAGGGCAUCUCCUUGGCUUGUGUGGAUGACGACAUGGCUUACGCUCAUGGUCUCAUGAAGAGCAAUGUCUGAUGGGAACUCACAGGCCAAGGACAACGGCCCAACCUGCUGCAGGAUCAGUGCAAUACUCCAAGAAAACGUCUUUUAAUAUAGACCACAAGGAGAAUUUAAUAUACAUUUAUUUUUAACAUGAAUGAAGUGCCUUAUAUAUUUUAUUGAUGGCUUUUAUUUUGAAAAAGAAAAUCUGAUUUAGCGCUGCUAGCAUAAUAUCCUGCUGCUAGAAGAACGGUAAAGAUGCCUCGAAUGGCCAUUACUAGUAUACUGUAGGAACUUACAACAGUGUUUUUAUGGAAAUUAUCAUGUGCUCUUUUAUGACAAAAUUCAAAAGGCACCAAGUUAUGAACAAUCCAAUUAGUCCAGCCAGAAAUAUACUAUUGUAUGUUGCAUAUGUUUAUUAAUUAUACUAUUGUAUAUGUUUACUGGCCUUCAAAUUAAGAUUAGGUUUAAUCACUUAUGUUUUUAGUGCACCAAUUUAGAUCAGAAAAAAGCGUUUUGAAAUAUUUUAUUACAUAAUAUUUGUACUGAAAUUCUGCUGUUGUUUACACUGAAAAAGUACAAUAAUAACAUUGUAUACUUAAU